AUGUCUUCAUCAGUGCGGCUCUUCAGAGAUCAGAAGUACCACGAGCUGAAAGGGCAGUGUAUCCAGCAGAGACGGCUCUUUGAAGAUCCUGAGUUUCCAGCCUCGGAUGAGUCCCUUUUCUAUCAAUCGCCACCACGAGGGAAAGUUGAAUGGAAACGCCCAAAGGACCUCUGCGAAGACCCCCACCUGUUUGUGAAUGGCAUCAGCUCCCAUGACUUACACCAAGGCACCGUGGGCAACUGCUGGUUUGUGGCUGCGUGCUCCUGCUUGGCUCUGCGGAAGACUCUCUGGCAGCAGGUGAUUCCAGACUUUAGUGAACAAGAAUGGGACCCUAAAAACCCGGAGAAAUAUGCUGGGAUUUUCCGUUUCCGUUUCUGGUGCUUUGGAGAAUGGACAGAGGUGGUUGUUGAUGAUCUGCUGCCAACAGUGAACAGGGAAUUGAUCUACUGCCAUUCCAAUGUGAAAAAUGAAUUCUGGAGCGCAUUGCUGGAGAAAGCUUAUGCGAAGCUGGCUGGAUCUUACGAAGCCCUAGAUGGAGGCAGCGCUGCAGAUGCAAUUGUGGAUUUCACCGGAGCAGUGGCAGAAUCUAUUGAUUUGGUACAGGGCAAAUAUGGUGAGAUUAUUUCUGAGCAGACGAAGCUGUUUGAAGACUUGCUGAAGGUGCAUAAAAGAGGCGGGCUGAUCAGCUGUUACAUUGCGGCUUCCAGUGGCAGUACCAGUGAAGGGGAAACGCGGAUGGGUCUCAUCAUUGGCCAUGCCUACUCAGUGACCGCGGUUCGGAAGCUGCGCCUUGGAGAAAGGCUCGUAUUCUCUUUUCAGGCAGAAAAGCUGUUUAUGAUCAGGCUGAGGAAUCCCUGGGGAAAAAGAGAGUGGAACGGCGCGUGGAGUGACAAUUCUGAGGAGUGGAAGAAAGUCAGCAGUUCAGAACGUAAGAGCUUGGGACUCACUCUUGAGAACGAUGGCGAGUUCUGGAUGACGUUCGAGGACUGGUGUAAGAAUUUCACGGAUGUGGACAUCUGCCGGAUUGUGAAUACCUCCUACUUCAGUAUCCACAAGACCUGGGAGAAGAAAAUGAUGCAGGGGGCUUGGACAAAGAACUCGGAACCCCUGCUCAAUCGCUGUGGUGGAUGCUUCGAUAACAAAGAGACCUUCCUUCAGAAUCCCCAGUACAUCUUCGAUGUCAAGAAGACUGAGGACAAAGUGCUGGUCUCAUUACAACAGGAGGAUCGCCGCAAAUACAAGAAAGAAGGGAAAGGAGACAGCAUCCCAAUUGGCUUUGAAAUACUCAAGGUGGAGGACAACAGAAGCUAUCGACUACACAAGCUGACUGUGCAGGAGAGAGUGGCCACGUCUCCGUACAUCCACACACGCGCUGUGUUCUUGAAGAGGAUCCUUAAGCAAGGCCGCUACAUCCUUAUCCCAACUACCUAUCAUCCUGGCAUCAGCGCAAAGUUUAUCCUGAGGCUCUUCACAGAUGUGCCAUCAAAACUCAGGGAGCUGAAGGCAGAUAAGCCUAAAAUGACAUGUUGGAAUCUUCUUUGCGGCUAUCCACGCAGAGUCACCCAAAUCAAGGUUCACUCUGCAGAGGGUCUACAAAAACAAGACAGAUCAGGCGGAGCAGAUCCCUACGUGCUUAUCAAGUGUGAGAACCAGAGCACACGCUCCCCCGUGCAGCACGAUACGACCAGUGCCAUCUUCGACACACAGGUGAUUUUCUACAGGAAGAACAUCGACAGUCCCGUCAUUGUCCAGGUCUGGAACAGCAACAUCUUGUGUGACCAGUUCCUCGGACAGGCGGUUCUGGCAGCUUCACCCAGUGACCCCAGAGAAGAGCAGACUCUGCAGCUCCACGGGAGAGGCAGGCGAGAAGCAGCCGAGGUGCCAGGUCGCAUCACCAUCAAGGUUUUUUCCAGCGAUGACCUCGUGGAGCUAUGA